GCAGCUACCAAGUGCACACGUCUCAGCAUGUCUCAACUUCAGGAUCUCACCCGAUGCUUGCUCGCUGCCGGCUAUGCUGCGCGUCCCGACCGACAAUAUCUGCUCUACACCCAGGACGGCGUCCUCAUAUCCAAGCUCUGGACAGGCGACUCCUUCGGAGAGGAGGAACUCGUCGCCACGUCCGUCCGUCCAGACUCGUCUGCCGCCAUUCUCGCCGACGCCGACGACCGCGUCAUCAUCGGCAUCACAGCCUCCUCCACCUUAGCAGCAUUCCAGUACGACGAGGACGAGGAGGAGUGGAUACAGGACGGCGCGCUUUCUGCGUACAACGUCCACGAGAAGGGUAGACUGUCCGCAUGCUACACCGCCGACCAUCGCAUCUGCAUCGUCUUCCAGAACGGAAGCGGCGCCCUCGUGCACAUCGAGGAGACGGAGGUUGAUUCGGAGGGAAGCCUGGACGAAGGUACAGGAUGGACAGCUACGGUGCUGAAGAAGGCGUCCGAUCCGCUUCCGGGAACGCCCAUCUCGACCGUUCUCGACGAUAACGGCCUACACGUCUUCUACGUUUCCGCAGCGGACCAGCGCGUCCAUCACCUCCACGGAGGUGAAACCUGGGCCGACGAGGAGAUGUUCGAUCAGACCUUGGGCCCGGUCGUAACUGCAGACAAGGCUGUUCUGCAGGUCGAGGACGGAGGGGACAAACGGGAGUUGGGUAAGGUUGACGACAAUGGGAAGUUGGUGCCGAGUACCACAGCAGAGUGCUUCUUUUUCUUCUACUAUUUCUUCUACGCGUUUUAGGUUAGCGUCAGCGUACGCAAGAGGUGAAGAGGAUCUGCUGAUACUGAGAUACGAGCGUAGAUGAACGUAACAUAGUUAGGUCAUUUGAAUUGCUUCGCACUUCGCUUUCGUUUCCAUGUAAAUCCAUAUACGCCAGAUAUGUUGACGAAGAACCCGUUCCCAACAACCGUGUCUGUACCUCUCUUGAAAGCCAUCUAUACGACACAUUCUGUGGGCAACGUGGCGAAUGUGAGGCUACCGGGCUUCACUCUGUCUGGUUGUUCACCCGUCCAGGAAGGGUGUUGCAAGUCAUCAGGGACGUAAAACUUCCUAACCAUCGUCGCGGCUGGUGUGCGAGAGGAGCAGAUACGUGGCGGUCGAAGAGGGGUCUCCGACGGCGGGUCCCACAUCCGGCUUAGAAGAGCCUCUGAAGGCCCUGGAUCAGACGCAGCGCAGCCAGCGGCACAAGACCGGAUGGGCACAAUUGGCGAACGACCAUCUGAGUCUCCCGCCG